AUGGGAUAUGCAGAUUCUGAAAGUUCAGGUCCACAAAGCCGUCCAGACUAUGAAGAAGAAUUGCAGAGGUUUCGAAUUCGGUUAAGAAAAACUGGUUUCCUAAAUCCAAAUCUAAAUCAUAGCUUUGAAGGGUUAGACAAAAAUAAUAAGUUAAGUGUGCAAAUGAAAUCAUUUAGUAAUAAAGCCCAAGCUCAACGUAUAAAUUAUAUCAAGGGUAAGUUUGGCUUAAUUAAAUCUGAGCCUACCCGUUCUAUUCCUGUUACUUUUGAUGAAGCACAAUUACAAUCAUCUGAGAGAUUAAGAACAAAAAAAAAGGAGGAAUUAUUAAUAAUUUUGCAACAAGUUCGAGAUCUUCAUAAUGCAACUGAUGCUG